UUCAAAGCAAAACAAAGAAACUGCCUCCUCUGGAGUUGUCAGUGAGAGAGGACGAGUUGUGCAACUAGCUUGGGAUUUGCAAAGAAGGCAAGGGGGUGGGGAUCAGAAGAAGGUGCAAAGCCACAAAGUACCUUUCUGCAUCUAAGAUGGUGAAGAAAGGAGUGAGGAAGAGAACAAAAUAACUACUGGGAAGUCUCAAAAACCAGGUUGGGGAGUCUGUGUGUAUGUGGGGGGGGUGGGGUGGGGAAGAGAAAAAGGAAAGAGGAUUAACCACAGCAACCCCCCCUCCAAAAAAAAAAAAAACAAACCCAACAGCUCUUUUUUCUGAGAGAGGACUCGAAGGAUUAAAAGGCAGCAGCUUCUGAGGCGAUUUGUCCCCUGAGUUAUGGAUGUUGGUGCACUUACUUCAGGCCAGAUCAGAGCUCAGAGGGAUCUAACCAGAAGCAGCAACCACCGGCUCUCCACUUGCUUUUUACCAGGUCUUACCCUUCCAGUAUGUUUCUUUUGAUAAGACUUUUUCCAGCGCCCAGAGUUUCAGUACAAUGUGCAAAUGGAUACUGACAAAUGGUGCCUCAGCCUUUUCCCACCUGCCUUGUUGCUGCUUGCUGCUGCUCUUCUUGGUGUCUUCUGUGCCUGUCACCUGCCAUGACCUCGGCCAGGACAUGCUGUCCCCGGAGGCCACCAACUCUUCUUCUUCAUCAUCCUCCUCCUUCCCCUCGUCCUUCUCCUCUCCUUCCAGUGCGGGGAGACACGUGCGGAGCUACAAUCACCUCCAAGGAGAUGUGCGCAAGAGGAAGCUCUACUCCUACAACAAGUACUUUCUCAAGAUCGAGAAGAACGGCAAGGUCAGCGGCACCAAGAAGGAGAACUGCCCCUUCAGCAUAUUGGAGAUAACAUCUGUAGAAAUUGGAGUUGUAGCAGUGAAGUCCAUAAAGAGCAACUAUUAUUUAGCCAUGAACAAGAAAGGAAAAGUCUAUGGCUCUAAGGAGUUUAACAGUGAUUGCAAAUUGAAAGAAAGAAUAGAAGAAAAUGGGUAUAACACAUAUGCAUCCUUGAAUUGGAAGCACAAUGGAAGGCAGAUGUUUGUGGCUCUGAAUGGAAGGGGAGCCACAAAGAGAGGACAGAAAACAAGAAGGAAAAACACUUCAGCUCACUUUCUUCCAAUGGUAGUAAUGUCAUAAAUGAAGGAACUAUUUUAUUGUUGCAGCUGAACCAAAGGCUCUUAUACCAAGAGUAUUUGGUAAUCUUGAAGAGCAAAUGCAAAGAAAUAAUGAAGACAUCUGCUUGAUUGAAUAGAGAGCAGGUGAAGCAUUGAAGGUUUUAUACUCAUUGCUGGCACAUGAAAUACUUUUACUUAGUUCAGUGUCUUAUCUUAUAAUCAAGAUAUAAGCUGGAUCGAAUGGGAUGGAAGAUAUUGCCAGUGUGAAUAGUUUUGUUUUGGUUUUUUUUUAAUCUUUGCAACAGAAUUUAAGGGACGCGCAAAAAUCUGUUGAAUGAUCUUCAUGGGGAAAGCUAUUUAUGGAAUACUAACUCAUAUCAAAGACCUUAAUUGCACGUUGAAGCUUAAUGAUCCAAUGAACAGUUAAGAUAUGCAAGCAUUUACUGGAAGCACUUGGGUCAUAUGCACAAAUAAUGACAUUUCUGAAGAAGCCUUGUGGAAGAUGGGAUAGAAUUAAGAAAUAUAAGCAAAGUAGUUUAAAACUAUUCUAACAAA